GCUCCAACUCAUCAUCGUUGAAUAUAACACAAAACAUGAAGAAGAUGAACAAUAACAAGAAUCCAACAAUAUCAUGGGUUUUGAUGUUGUUGUUUGUUGUUUGUGUGGUUAAUGCACAAUCAUCGGUGAAGCCGGUGGUGAAGAUAGUGAAGGGGAAAAAGCUUUGUGACAAAGGGUGGGAGUGUAAGGGUUUCUCUGCUUAUUGUUGUAAUGAGACAAUCUCUGAUUUCUUCCAAACUUACCAGUUUGAGAACCUCUUUGCAAAGAGGAAUUCCCCGGUGGCUCAUGCCGUCGGAUUCUGGGAUUACCAGUCGUUCAUCACGGCCGCCGCGCUCUACCAGCCUCUUGGGUUCGGGACCACCGGUGGAAAGCUUGGUGGCAUGAAAGAGGUUGCUGCUUUUCUUGGUCAUGUGGGAAGCAAGACUUCUUGUGGAUAUGGGGUGGCAACAGGGGGACCCUUAGCAUGGGGAUUAUGUUACAACAAGGAACUGAGUCCAGAUAAAUACUACUGUGAUGACUACUACAAGUUGACCUAUCCAUGCACCCCUGGCGCCGCUUAUUAUGGCCGUGGCGCCAUCCCUAUUUACUGGAACUACAACUAUGGAAAAAUAGGAGAAGCCCUAAAGGUGAACCUAUUGGACCACCCAGAAUACAUAGAGCAAAAUGCCACGCUGGCAUUCCAAGCAGCAAUACACACGUGGAUGACCCCACCAGACAAGCACAUUCCUUCACCACACGAUGCCUUUCAUGCCAACUGGAAGCCAACUAAGAAUGACACGUUGGCAAAGCGGGUCCCAGGUUUUGGUGCCACAAUCAAUGUUCUCUACGGUGACCAAGUUUGUGGCCAGGGUUCUGAUGGUGAUGACAUGAACAACGUUAUUUCUCAUUACCUCUAUUAUCUUGAUCUCAUGGGUGUUGGCCGAGAAGAAGCUGGGCCCCAUGAUGUCCUCUCUUGUGCUGAGCAAAAGCCCUAUAAGCCCGCUGGGCCUCCAUCUUCUUCAACAACUUGAUUAUUGAGAAUUCUUGAAAAAAUCUUUGGAGAGUUCUAAUAAAAUUAAAGGAGGGGACAUGCAUGCAAUGAUGAUGCAUGGGAGUGGAAAUUUUAAAACCCAGCUUUAAUUUGGAGUGGAUAUUAAUUGUUAAAAAUUUGUAUAGAUUAUAAACGUGCGUAUUUCUUGGGUUUUCUUAUUAAUUGCAUACCUCCAUGUGUAACUUGGAUAUAUUUUUGGUACAAUGUGCAUAAAAAAAAAAAGAAAAAAAAAGUGAAAUAUUUUAUCAUUA